AUGUCGACCCCCACUCUUAUCAAUCUACCACCUCCUCCCUCGGACCCCGUCACUCCAGACAUGGGACCGGGCACUCCCAAUUCCGGCACAACCUCACUGUCUGCGCUGUCGACUACAGCCAUCAAAGAUGGUCACCAGGGCCACUUCCCUCACGGCCGACACGCUCACCACUCUUCUACAGCCUCCAUCUCCUCCACAAACACCCUAGAUGCAGAGCGCGCAGAUCGCAUCUCCCGCCUAGCCGGUCUGGAACGAGUCGCAACCGCUCGAGCCGGCGGCCAGUCGCCCUCCAAUGCCGCCUUCCCGGCGCCCCACACCUCCGGCGGCUACUUCGAUAGCCUCGCAGCCCUCAAGGAACGGAGCACCGUGGGCAGCGCAAGCGCUACAGGCAGCAUCGGUGGAACCCACACAACCUGGGCGAGCGGCAGCGAUGCCUUUGACGCCGACAAGAUGAGCGAGGACCCCGACGAUAUCAGCGUAGGCAAUCUCAGUGACGAGGGCAAUGCUAGCCUGGUCGGCUUCGGCGAGGGCGCCAGCAGCACGAUCAGUGGGCCGACUUCGCGUCCCGCUGGCAUUAAUCGUUUGUCCUCUGGUGGCGUCGGUGCUCGCCCGACUUCCAUGGGUAGCUCAAACUUCAAUCGCUCUAACCCGAUUGCGUCCUACGUGCAGCAGCAGCAGCAGCAGCAUUACCCUACUGGUGAGGACCCGAUGAUGUCGCCUUCGCCUGCUGGUUCUAGUACCCCUGAGCCUCUUUCGGGAGAUGCGCGUAUGAUUGAUGGCAUGACCUUUGACCAGGAUGUGGUUGACACAACUGCUCGUACGCCACGGAUUGUUACGCCGUCCAACCAGGGUGCUGGUGGCUUUGGGACCCCAAGUCGUGAAUAG